AUGCUCUCACGCGUUGCUGCUGUCAUGGCGCCCCGCACACACAACCGUCGCCGCGUGACCGGAUCCAGCGGAAGGAGGAGGGAAGGAAGAGAGAGUGAGCCGCCGAGGCCCAACAUGUCCCGGGAUCUCUUCCAUUUUGUGCUGCUUCUACUUGUCGUCAUGGUUUGCGGCGGCAGUGGAACUGUGACUGCGGAUGAGGUGAAGGAGUCAGUUGAACCAAAGUUUGAGUGGAAGGGCAUCACUGAGGGUGCUGGUGUAACUGUGGACUCGUUGGGCGCUCCCGGCCUUCUAAAAGUGGGGAGUGACGUGUUUGCCGUUGCCGAGGCGCAGUGCAAAGAGACGAAGGAAGGUAAAGAUAACUUUUUUUCUGGCGUUGCAUCCCAAGUUCUCACGAAAGAUAAUGCUGACACACCGGUGGAAGUGCUGAAUGAAGUGAAAGAGACACAAUUUUUGGAGAAAGCCCCUUCCACAGAGUUGAAGAAAGUGGAUUUGAGCCGACCAACAACAGUUGUGGAGGGAAAUGAUAUUUACAUGCUUGUUGGAAAAUACAGCCGGAAAGCUGCCACUGGUGCUGGAGAGAGUGGGGCUGAUGACUCGGGGCUUUUGCUGGUGAAAGGGGAAGUCGGUGUUGACGAAAGCAGCAAAGGAAUCCAGUGGAAGGAUACCAAAGGUCUCCCGCGGACACCCUUCUGCGAGCAACACGAAUUUUUAACAGGGCUGGUUGGCGGCGGUGGAUCGGGUGUUAAGAUAAAGGACGGUACGCUUGUGUUCCCAGUGGAGGGUACAAAGAAGAAGGAGAAUGAGGGGACUGAAGAGGAUGAAAAAACCGUUUCUCUGAUCAUAUACACCUUGAGUACUGCGAGUUGGACGCUGUCUAAGUGGAUGUCUGCCGAUGGCUGCAGUGAUCCUUCUAUCGUGGAGUGGAAGGACAAACUCAUUAUGAUGACAGCGUGUGACGAUGGAUGCCGCAGGGUGUACGAGUCCGGUGACAAGGGGGAUUCGUGGACGGAGGCACUCGGGACACUCUCGCGCGUGUGGGGCAAAAAACAGGAUAAAAAAGUGAAACUCGUUAGAAGCGGGUUCACCACAGCGACGAUUGACGGUGUCGAUAGUGAUAAGAGAACUGUGAUGCUCGUUACUCUGCCGGUGUAUUCCAAGGAAAAUGUGGAAAAGGGUGAACUCCAUCUUUGGCUGACGGACAAUGCGCACAUUGUUGAUAUUGGGCCGGUAUCCGGAGAAGGGGACGAUGCUGCCGCCAGUUCCCUGUUGUACGAAAGUGGUAAAGAUGGUGGUAAUGAGAAGGAGUUGAUUGCACUGUACGAGAAGAAGAAGGGCGAUGGGAAACCAUCACCCGGUAUGGUCUCUGUGCUUCUGACUGAGCAGCUGGAGCGGGUGAAGGAGGUGCUGGCGACGUGGAAGGAAGUGGACAAACGUGUCUCCCAGCUGUGCCCGUCUAAAAGUGAUGCGGAGCGUGCCUCAACUAGCAGUACCUGCGGCGCUGUAAAGAUCACGGAUGGGCUGGUUGGCCUUUUGUCUGGCAACUUCUCUGAUGGCACAUGGAGGGACGAGUACCUCGGGGUGAACGCCACAGUAAGUAAUAAAGAAGGGGCGGAGCAGGUGGAUAGUGGCGUGAAGUUUACAAGCCGUGGAGUGUGGGCGGAGUGGCCUGUUGGCAGUCAGGGGGAGAAUCAGCUGUACCACUUUGCAAACUACAACUUCACUCUUGUGGCGACGGUGUCCAUCGACAAUGUGCUGGAGGGAGAUACCCCCAUUUCAGUGAUUGGUGUGAAGAUGAAUGAUAAUGGGAAGACUGUACUCCUGGGACUGUCGUACAACAACAAAGAGAAGAAAUGGAUGCUACUGUGUGGUGAGGAAAAGUCUAAUGAGCUCAGCAGCCCUUGGAAGCCAGGGAAAACACACCAAUUGGCCAUUGUGCUGCAGAACGGCAACCAGAGCACCGCGUACGUCGAUGGUGAGCGCGUGGGUGAGGAUGCGCAAUGUGAAUUGGAAACUACGGAAUCGAACGAGAUCUCGCACUUCUACAUUGGAGGGGAUGGAGGCGAUGCAGGAAGCCAAAAAGACGUGUCCGUGACCGUGACGAACGUCCUGCUGUACAACCGUCCGUUGAAUGAAGCGGAGGUUUGCGCCCUCAACCCGAAUAAUGUCCCCAUUCCACCUCCGGUAGGUGGAAGUGCGCAAGGAACAUUGUUGCAAUCUCCUUCUGACGGGCAACCGCCGUUGGGGCGUGAAUCGUUGAAUGAAAAUGAGGGUGUGGGCAGUGGCGAUGUAUCCCCGUCAGCAGUUUCCACCGCCCCUCCGUUGGCAGGGGAGGGUUCUGUAAAGCAGUUGGCGUUGCGAACAUCUCUCGGUGGAAGUAAAAACGUGGAUGUCGUUUCUUCACCCGAUGGCGAUACAACGGUGGGAGCGGAAGCUGGAGAUACGGUGCCGGGAGACAGACCACCUCAAACUUCUGCGGGCACUCCCGCCACAGCAGAUGCAAACGCUCCUACCGCUGAAACCGUGGGGCAUGUUGACCCCGCAGUGACAACUGGGGUGAGCGUGAGCUCCGGUGAGAGUGGGGAGACGGUGGGAGGAAGGGAUGGGCACGGAGAGGUCCAUUCAGAGGUCAGGGAAGUAAAUGCUACGGCGCUCAACAGCAGCCUCGGAAAUUUGUCGCAGGGGAAUAACAGCGAUGCUGGCACUAUGCGUGAGAGCGGACUGCUGCCAUCGCUUCUUCUGUUGGGACUGUGGGGGCUUGCGGCUCUGUGA